AUGAAGGGAACAGUUGGGCUAGCGGGUACACCGCCAGUACCUGUUCCUCCAGAUCCAGUCCCGCUACCCGUAGCCGAGGGUGCAGUACCAGCAAUACCGCCAGAACCGCCAGAAAUCGGAUAUGGAGCAACUGAGGGAUCGCUACCAUUGGAGAUUCGAGAAGGAUUGCUGAUGAGGCUGAACUCGAUGACUGUGGCUGAUGGAACUGUCGUUGUAUUGCCCGGCGUGACAGUCACGGUGGCCGAGGGUACAGUUGUGACACCUGGAGUGACGGUCACGGUGGUUGAGGGUACUGUGGUUACACUUGGUGUACCGCUUGUGCAGCCUGGAACAGGGAAUGAGCCGUUGGGCGCGCCAUAA